UUUCUUUCUCUUUCUAGUCUACACAUUCUCCUCUCUCUGCAGCAUUAUUACUUGUAGACAAAUUUUCUGAAUUCCUUUUUCUUCUUCCUCUUCUUCACCUCCAUGAUUCACCACUUGUAAUGAAAUCUUGAUUAUGGUCAAAAUGAUUGGUUUGUUACGCUAAAUGAUUGAAGCACAAUACAAAUAACUGAUCUGAAGGAAAAAAGUGGUGUUAAAAAUGGAGGUGCAGAGGUUUAAACAAUUGUUGCUUCUUUGGUCAAGAAUCAGAAGUAGUCGAUUAGCCCUCGUGGGUGGAAACCACACUGCUGCCAGGUUUUGCAGUCGCUAAUCUCUUAACCUCCAUUACGUUCUGCUCUUUCCCUCUUUCUUUCUCUGUUUCUUUCCCCCUCCCAUCUUAUCUCUCUUAUAAUUUUCUUAUGCUCACGUCAAAUAAUUUUUCAUUAAUUCUUCCUCUCAAAAUCUUGAUUUUCUAACACAGCGAUCUUGCUUUUUUACUCUUUAAGAUGAUAUUCAUGAUGAUGAAAUACAGUCCUACUAAUUUUGAUUUCUUUGGAAACCAGAAAAUGGGUUUUAAAAACAUGCCUGUUGAAGUGAUAUCUGACAAUCAGUUGGUUAUAAGGAUACCGGAUCCUAGAGUUUUGAGGCUUAUUGCUCGAUCUGUGUUAUUGGCUUUAGCUAUUCUUGCAAUACCUUUUAUGGGUUCUUCUUUUCUUGGUAGUAUUGUUUCUGAAACUACCCAUUUUCAUGCGUCAUCCGCGACAUCUUAUUAUUAUUCUGCUGAUUUUGGUUUACUACCAAUGCUGCUUAAAGAUUUACGUUCUGAAAGCUUACUUAAAUCGGGAGAUAAAGCCGUCUUCUUUAGCGGUAGCGGUGAGAAGGUUAAUCCACAGAUUUUGGUUGUUAAUGAGAUGGAUUUAAUCUCUAAUUCUGAUAUCCAACGUCAGAAUUCUGUUUCUGAUAAUACGGUUGAUUUUGUUUACGUUUCUGGUUAUCGUGUAAAUGAAUUCGUCGAUAGAAUUCUCAAGAUAGGCGGAAUUGUUACACUUCCCGUGAGUGGCAACCCUUUGAACAGCUUUCAGAAACCGUCUAAUUACAGAAUUGUUUAUAUUCGAAGAUUCGAGACCACGUUUGUGGCACUGAAAAAGAUUAGUAACUCAUUGAAAAAAAGUAGGAAACUUCUUUCAUUUGAUUCGGAAGUAGAAGAAGCCAAGAAAGCUGCAUUGAAUGGACUAGAAGGUGUUCUCCUUGAACCACCAAGAAAAUCUUCAUCUGAAUUCAAGAAGCACUUGAAAAGAACCAAGUACCUACCAGACAUAAUGGGCGACGCACUAGACGAAUACCCACGACGAGUUUUCAUCGAUGUAGGAUCCGACGGUAAAAAUACAGGAUGGUUUGAGAGGAAUUACCCUACAAGGAAUCUAGAUUUUAAGAAGUAUAAGAUAGAGGUCGUAGACGAAGAAAGCGAGACAACGACAACAUCGGAUACGACAGCAGUACAACAAGUAGGGAUAUCAGAUUGGUUGAGGAAGAACGUGAAGAAAGAAGAGUAUGUUGUAAUGAAGGCUGAAGCUGAAUUGGUUGAAGAAAUGAUGAAUAGUAAAGUUGUAUCUUUAGUGGAUGAGCUUUUCUUAGAGUGUAAACAUCAGGGACAAAAAGGUAGUGGUGGGAAAAAGAGUACUAGGAGAGCAUAUUGGGAAUGCUUAGCGUUGUAUGGAAGGUUAAGGGAUGAAGGAGUUGCAGUUCAUCAAUGGUGGGGUUAUUAGAAGAAAAUUGAUCAUGACUAGAGAGAAAGAGAGGAAGAAUAAUGGAUUUGUAUUUUUGUUUUUAUACGUAAUUCUGUGUGUGUAAGUAGUGUUUUUCUCUUUUCUUUAGUAGUACUUUAUGUGUAUGCAAAUGUAAUGAGUGAUGAGAGUGUGAUGUGGAGGGGAGUUCACCAUUUUCUUUUUUUUCUUUUAUUCUCUAGAAGUUUAUGUAAUGUAAUUUCUGUUCUUUGUUUUUGCUGUUUGAUCACCUUAUAUUUGGUCUAUAAUAAGAGAUUUUUAUAUUAACCUA